CAAGUUGCUGCGAGUAUUAAUCCUUGACUUUUGGGGCAACCAAUAUGGGCAUACGAGUCUCAACCUCACAAGAAUUUGCAGUUUGGUUCACCUCAGAUAUUUGAAGAUUUCAUGCGAUAUCAUUGUAGAACUACCAGCACAGAUGCAAGGACUACAAUACAUGGAAACACUGGAAAUAAAUGCAAGAUUAUCUGCUGUUCCAUUGGAUAUUAUUCAUCUCCCGAGCUUAUUGCAUCUCUCUCUUCGAGAUGAGACAAAUCUACCUGAUGGGAUUGGCUGCAUCAGGUCUCUGCGUACACUACAGUAUUUUGACCUUGGCAAUAACACUGAAGACAAUGUACUGAGCCUCGGUGGCCUGAUGAACCUGCAGUAUCUUCAUCUCACCUAUUCCACAGUGCAUUGUGAUGAGCAUCUGAAGAGAAAUAUGGUCGCUCUGGCCUCUUCUGUUAUCAAGCUUGUUAACCUCAAAUCUGUCAUUCUGGCUCCUGGAGCUUUAAGCACAGCCAUUUACCAUGAUGUCUUGAGCAGCGUUUCCUCUCCUCCUGUUUUUCUUCAGGGUCUUCAGAAACUUGAUUUGUUGCCCCCAAUUUGCAUCUUUUCCAGUUUUCCCAAGGAUAUUGGAGCAGUUCGCAAACUUUGCUAUUUGAAUCUUGUGGUCCGUGAACUACGAAGGAAUGAUAUUGACAGCAUCACAGGAUUGCCUGCCCUAACUGUUCUUUCAUUGUAUGUCCGGCAACCCCCUGCAGAAAGCAUCAUCUUCAACAAUGGGGCGUUCCCUGCUCUCAAGUAUUUCAAAUACAUGUGUGGUGUACUGUGCCUGGCCUUCCAGGAAGGAGCAUUGCCCAAUGUUCAUAGGCUCAAGCUAGGUUUCAAUGCCCGCAAAGGACAGCAGUAUGAUGUUUUGCUUGCCGGCAUUCAGCACUUGGUAAACCUGAAGAAGAUUGAUGGAAUAAUUGGGGCAGCCGAGGGUGCUGAGGAACCCGACAGAAGUGCCGCAGAGUCUGCGUUCAAGGACACCAUUCACAAGCAUUCAAGGUUUCCUAGUUACGUCAAUGUAAAAAGGGUAGAUUGGGUUGAGGAAGAGAACAAGCCAAGGACCGAAGUUAACAGCCCAUCAAGUAAAUGUCAUGAAAUUCUACAACAGCGUGGCGUAAAUGAGACCGAGGAAGAUACAAAGCAGUCUGCUGAUAGCGGGGUGACAAAUCAGAUCAUGCAGGUGCCUCCUCAGCAUAUGGAUUUAUGCGCAGCCGAUACAAAGCUGACUAUGCCUAGUAAUAACAGAAUGCCAUUUCCUGAAAAGUUAGAGGAUAAUAUUGCAGCUGAAGCAGUGACCUUUUCAUGUACUACAUCAUCUGGUUCAAGUCCAAAAUCAUCGUCAGCUCCAUCAUCUCAUCACUCUUUACCUGAAACAUAUACAUGGGAUCCGGAGGGAUCUCCUUGGCCAAGGGCAUUGAGAAGUCCUUCUCUUACGCCAAGGAAUACCAGUGCCCCUCAAUCAGCUAUGCAUCCGAUGUUAUCCCCAGAAUAUCAUAUUUCACAUGCUGAAGGCACCUGGAGUACUGCCUAUUUUCACCCCUUACCACUUCCUCUACUUCCUCCCAGUGCUAUAAGCCAAGUGAAAGCAACUCUCAGCAACCAGCCCGCUCCAAAAGUUGAAAUGUCUUUAGUAGCUGGUCAAUGGGAAAAGAGAAAACUUAUAGGUAGUGGUACAUUUGGUGAUGUAUAUGAAGCUACCAACAGGCACACUGGAGCUCUUUGUGCAGUGAAAGCGAUCAGUAUAAUUCCUAAUGAUUCUAGAUCUGCUGAGUCCUUGAAGCAAUUAGAUCAGGAAAUAAAGCUUCUAAGCCAAUUUAAGCAUGAGAACAUAGUUCAGUAUUAUGGUAGCGAAACUAUAGAAGGCCACCUCUACAUUUACAUGGAGUAUGUUCAUCCUGGUUCAAUUAAUAAGUAUAUCCAACAACAUCGUGGAGCAAUAACAGAAUCGAUUGUCUGCAACUUCACUCACCAUAUUCUUAGGGGUUUAGCAUUUUUGCAUGGCCAAAAUAUUAUGCAUAGGGAUGUCAAAGGAGCAAAUAUGCUAAUUGAUGGUAACGGUGUUGUUAAAUUGGCUGACUUUGGAAUGGCUAAUCAUAAGAGCGUCAAGAUGAUGCAAAACCCUACAACUCCACCCCACAAGAAUGGAACCGGAUCCUCUAACAUCAAGGAGGAAAGUCACCUAAGCUACAAUACCCUAACUUCCCUCCUUCACAUCCAUAUGAUUAAGACUAAAAUGACUUGAAUUAAUUUGCAAAUCAAAAUCUGUUGUAUAAAUUUACAAAAAUUACAUACAAACAAAAUUACAGUGCAAUAAAAUUAAUUAUAUAUUUAUUUUUGUCGAACAGUAACUACGCACAGUACCUGCUACAGUAGAUCAUACAGUAUUCGCUAAAGUACUAACUUUCCUUCUUUGCAUUGCACUAGUUUGCACUGUUGCUUAGGUGACUUCCCUCCUUGAUGUUAGAGGAUCCGGUUCCCACAAGAACCGAAAAAAGGAACUAAGAAAUAAAUCUAAGAAAGCAAAAAUUUCGAACUGUGCUGCACUCGGGUGAUAGUCUAAACAGUGAGUUUCAGGAGGCUUUUUAUGCCAUGGGAGCCGUCACAGAGCUUUAGCUCCGGCUGGCAACCAUAGUUUUGCCUCACAUUGACUUCAGCUAAAAAAAUCAGCUCAAAAAAACAAUUGAGUCUACCAGCGCUGAACAGUUUGGCAAAGCCCCACUGAAAACACAGUCGUUGCAAAGCCGCCAUAACAUCUGAAUGGUGACUUAGGUCAGCAACCUCGCUCCCUUCAGCUUUUCUGCACCAGCUCGUUCCGCAGCCUGCUCAAACCAAGAAUUGAAGUCACUCUGUUGGAUGGGGCAGAUAACCUUUAGGGAGCAGGAUGCCAGCACUUGUCUCAAGAAUGUGCAUCUGGUGCGUAGGUGCAAGAUUGUUUCAUCUGCCUGGUCACAGAGGGCGCGAGCAUCCGGAUGAUGCAGGCCUCAACUUGCCGACGUCAAUCAUGUGAAAAUAUUGCACUUUAGAGGAGCCCAGCCAUUCCAGAUCGACCUCCAAAAUGGUGAUUUGACCAUGCUAGUGAAGAGGGCAGAUUGUGUAGACUUUGCAGCAGGGAUGAAAGCUGAGCGGGAACUUUCUGUCCGUUCCGCAAAAAUAUGAAAACGGAGAGAAACUAUGGGAAUAGAAAAGGAAAUUUACAAAAUGGAAGCGGAACUGGUAAGUUUCUUGUGGAAAUGGAAACGGACAGCGUUUUCUAGUGGAGCACCAGUGAAUUAGGAAUUUCCAUAUCCACACAUGCGGAAGUUUCCGUUUAUCUAUUGUCUGUGUAGCCCACUCCAGUCCAACCCAUAUACACUUUUGGCGCAAUUAAAUCUACCACCAAAAAACAUAAUCCUUCCCUUGAUCCUCCCUGUCAUCCUGUUCUUCUCAACCAGUACACCUUAUUAUGUUGCCGAAAUUAAAAAUUUACACAUAUACAUUACUGUAUUAUAUUUCGAUGAUAUAUCAUAAUAUUUGUAGUCAUUAGCAAUUGAAUUUGUUGGCAUCGUCGUGUUUUUCUCUAUGUUUCAAGAGGUUUUUGAGUUCCAGCAAAUUUCCACUUUGUAUCUGUGUCCACAUUAUUCGUUUCCAUAUUCUUUUAUGAAAUUUCUGUAUUUGCUUCUGCUUCUACUAAAAAAUAUGGAAACAAAUGUGACAUCAUUCAGUUCCGUCCGUUUCCGCUCUGUUUUCAUCCGUAUUUUGCAGUGUUGCACGGAUGCCGAGAGCUUCCAGGUAAAUUGAUCUUCAAUUCCAGGGGACAAGGAUUGGACGUCAACCACCCAGCCAAGUGUGGUAAAUUCAACAGACCCUUGCACGUUUAGGGCUUCUGAGAUUCACCGAUCCAACCUCUGCCGCCCAGCUCCUUGCAUAUGGUUCUGCUAUAGAUAACCCUCGACACAACUGCUGCGACCACCGUAGGGGCAAUAUCAGCAGUCGACUAUUAGUAAAUCUAUUGGUCUGAUCAAAAUCUUGCGUGCUUCCCAUCGCCCACGUCCAACUUUGUAACCGCAUGAACCAGGCCAGCUAUGUGCUUGUUAACUCGAUUGGAAAUCUGGUCUACGACCGAGAUUCAUCAGUGCGCUGCAGUCACGACCAUCUUGCCUACAAUGCCCAGUUCAUUCUCUUAAUAUCUUUGAUCUCCCCGAGCUCGAUUUAUCUGCAACCAUCUCUCCAUGCUACGGCACAGUGGCUACGGUUCGUCUCUCAACGCCCUUUCCAGAAGAAGCUUCGCUGUUUCUUAUCAAUUGUUGUUCAGUCUUCACCCAGUUGGGCAUAUCUGUAGGUAGGAUGGUGUGAACUGCGACUGCAGAGAGACAUAUUUAACCAUCACUAGCCGUCCGCUUUUAGUGGUCAUACCAGUUUUCCAGUCGGCAAGCUUAUUGUCCAUUUUAUCGAGGAGAGUGUGUCAGAGCUUCCAAAUUGAAAGUGGAACAUAUUGAAUUUCAAAUUCCUUGAGAGGGCAGGCAAGAUGGUGUGUGAGAAUCUGAAUAAUAUUGGUGUGGAGUUCAGAGGCAUAGCCGAAAGUAUGAAGCAGUUAAAGCAUCAGCUCACGAUCUUUGUGAGUUGGCUUCAGGAAGACUACCACAUCAUCAGCAUAAAGCGAUGCAGCAAGCAAACCUUGCAUCACCGCCACUUUGACCAAGCAUAAAGCGAUGCAGCAAGCAAACCUUGCAUCACCGCCACUUCGACCAAACGAUGAAGGACCUCCAUCAAGAUGACACACUUCAUCAGAGACAAGGGUCACCCUGGCGAACUCUUCAGUAAUUAAACUAAUGAUAGAUUUCCUCACUUGGGAUGCUGUUGACAAGCACAUGUAUACUGGCAGUAGAGAAUAUUAAGCGUAUGAGCUCCCACCAGCGAUGGCCAAAACACAGUUCACCGACUACAAAAGUCGAGUUCAUGAAGUUCAAGGAUGGCUACGUGAUAUCAUCUGGUCAGCCAGUCAAGUACAUCAAGCCGAGUCCAUGAAGUUCAAGGAUGGCUACAUGAUAUCAUCUGGUCAGCCAGUCAAUGAGUACAUCAUGCUAAGUCCAUGAAGUUCAAGGAUGGCCACAUGAUAUCAUCUACAAAAGCAACUUAAAGACUUGAACUGACUGCCAGCAGUCGGCCCGAGCCUUGGGUGCACUGAUUGUGCCCCCGGUCAUGAACAACAAAUUAUGGAUUCGGGACCAAGAGAGCCAAGUCUAUGAAGUUCAAGGAUGGCUAUGUCUACAACAAAUAUGAAAAAAAAUGUCUCUAAAGAAUGACCGACUGCCAACAGUCAAGCCAGAGCCUUGGGUUCGAGUGCAUUGAUCGUGAGCCUGGUGUCGAAGGAUCAAAUUUUGAACUACAAAGAGUGACCAACUGCACUUACUUCAACAUUCUGGCGGACGGCAAUGGCUCCACUCACUAACUUAAUGGUAUCCAUUAGGUGUUUCUUCAGUCCCUCCUCCCGCUCAAUGGCUCCCGGCACAGUCCGCUGCAACGUCACAAUGGCCCUAUCCUCGGGGCUCAGGCUCGCGAGGGGGAAUUGCGUGGUGCUGCCUCGUCUCCUACAUCUCCUUAGGAGGAACCUGGUACGAGUAUCACCAGGGCAGGAGUUGGGCCAGUCGGUGCAGUCACCCCCUGGGAAGCGAUCGGGCCGAUAGCGACGAUGGCAGGGAUAUCAGUAGCUGCCUCCAUGGGGGCAGUUGGUGGAGUGGGUGGUGCAACAGUCAGUGGGCAGUUGGUACCGUAGUCAAUAACUUCUCCACGUGGGCAGCUCUCCAUUGGCUGGGUCUGGGCUGGGGCUUGUCAUCCUUCUUCUGGGUGCCUGCGUCCACGGGAGCACCGGGGUCGGCAAGCCUGGGAGUUGGGGGGGGUACGUCUUCCUUAGUCGGCUCAGCCUCUAAUGCUGGCUGAGUGGACAUUGGCCUCUUUCCGGCGAUCUUCUGGCUAGCAAAGCUGGACUUUUGCUUACUGCAUCAAUGGAGAGACGACUGUCAAGUGUUCAAAUAAAUUCAACAAGACAGAAAGGAACAACAUAUGCACUAAAGCCUACCAGUCGAACUUUGGAAUGUUCUUCAAUCGGGGUGCGCAGCGAACAGUAGUGGGACUCAUGGGGACUUCUGGUGGAUCCUAGCGAGCCAGACGAGAGCGCUUGGAGCUUUCUCCACAUUAGUGCCGGUGGCGCCUUCAUCCUGCCACCGGCGCCUCUGAGGCUGAGCGGACGAAGGGAAUGAAGCGACCCCCUCCACCUUCGGGUCUUCCUCCUCAUCGGAGUUCACCAGGCUGCUCGGCUUUCGCUAUCCCGCCAGCUUUCCUCCUCUCUCGUUUUUAGAAGAUUCAUCCUGAGAAGAGAGAGAAGGAUUUGACUGCUUCCUUAGCUGGAAAACCGACAGAAGAUUAUUGUUACCAAAGCAUAUAUCCGACUGCGAAUGAAACCAAGUGAAUAAAUCUUACCCCCAUGGGGAUUUGGCAGGCGCCAAGGGGCUUGAUUGGGCCGUCUCGGCAGAUGUUGCUGCGAACCUGGGUGAGCCGCUUCAUUUGGGUCUCGAAGCCUUCGACAGACAGUCGGAGCGGCAUGGCCCUCGUCGGAUCGUUAGAGCUCGACUACAGCCACAUGCCCCUCACACGAGCUUGGAGCGGCUGAAAAAUCCUCCGACUGACCCAGGUGGCCAUGAGGUCGUUGUUAGUCAAACCAUGAUCCGAGAGCGCGCCGAUCUGCGCCAUCAGGAUCUUUGCCUCAGCCUACUCCCCCUUCCUGAGCUUGACGGACCACCCGGAAUGCCAUUUCACGGCGGAGUUCGUGUAUGGCGGCAGUGCAGCCGGUCCUGCCAUGGUGGAAGGCUCAACACAGUAGAACCAGGUCGACUGCCCGUUCUUCACUGUGUCGGGCCACUUCACGUUGAAUUAGCUCGAGCUCUUCUUCACCUGGAUCCCGAGUCCAUCGCGGAUCUUUAUGGCGUUCUCCACCAUUUAGGGCUUGGCAUAAAAGAUAUGCUUGAGGAGCACCCAAUUAGGUCGGAUGCCAAGAAAACCCUCGCACAGCGUGAAGCACGAGAGAUGCGCCACCCCAUUGGGCAUAAGAUGGAGUUGGGCGCGGAAGUAAGACAAAACCUCACAGAGGAAGGGCGAGAUAGGCAAAGACAGACCUCGCUUGACAAAUUGGGGGAGGAUCACCCGCUUGUUUGCUCGAGCAGCAGGCUUCGGCUCGUUGGGGUCUGGCAACCGCUAGCUGUCGGCGGGAACUUUCCCGUCGCGGGUGUACAACUGCAUGACUUGCUCGGUCACCACCGAGGACAACCAAUCAUGGCGCUCUCGCUUGUCAUUUAGUGUGGCGGCAUGUGCCUUGACAAUGCCGGAGGAGCUGGCAGCCUUCGCCUGCUCGAGCUUCUUCGUUGUGGGCGUCUACACAGGGCGCUGCAACUAGAGACUUGGAGAUCGAGGCGAUGGAACUGCUCACGAGCGGUUGCUCUUGAAGCGUCGCGGGAAACGAGAAGUGAAGGAAAUGGGCUAAUUUCUCUCCCACCACCUCUAUUUAUAGAGAGGGGACUGGAAACCACCAUGUCAAAACCGCGCGAUAUGCGCCGUUACUACCUUACUGGAAGCCAAGACAUCAAUCACGCGUGUGGGAAUCCAGUUUGUCAGCAUUUAAAACCCCCUCAAACAUGCUAGGUCAGUCGGAAUUCUGUUAGUCGGGGCGCAGAAGUCGAGGAGACCCCUCUCAGAUCAGUCAAAGGGCGUGUGACACCACGCAAAAGAUUUGACGUGACAACAUGACAAGAUUUGCAAUGAUGUCACCUGCUGUUUCGCAUGCUAGUCGGUCGAAUUGACCAGUAGGUUGAAUGAAGGGACACGUCGACUCGGUUGUCGGGGUCAGUCCCGAGCCAGAAAACCCGUGCACAUGGCAUGAUGAAAAAACAAGUACACCACACUCGAAGAAACCCCGAGUGAAGUGACGCUUGUUACAUAUCAAUUCUGAGCGAGGGGCGCCCACGGUAUUGUUUGUGGCAUUGCUUGGAUUUCUCAGGAAAGCCAAAUAUCUGUUUGCACAAACUUUUGUUCUUGAGGAGGGGGUGUGACCGAUGUUCCAUAGAAAGGAUAUUGACUGGUGUUGCUUGAUCCGCUCAAGCCCAGACGUCUUAGACCACCAUUCGGAAUUUGAUGAUACGCCUACAGUCGGGCCACGAGCCGUCCUCUCCUGAAGAGAAUCGGGUAUCAGCAAGUUUUUCCAAUCAUUUGCUCAAUCUUCACUUUCCGAAGGUAUGAUCACUUGAGUCCGGCAUGGUCUCAGCCAGCAAACAAGUGGUGCUUCGAGUUCGGCGACCAGUUGGAAUCUUCUCCGUCGGGGCACAGUGGCAGUCGGAUUCUGCAGCGAGACCCUAACGGAUUCGGGGGCUACUGACACGGGAAUACCUACGGGGUAGGCCCACGUAUACGAAUGUCCCAGCCAAAGGCCCAGGCCCAUCAACAUUACAGCCCGUCAUCAACCAAGGGGUUUUUCGCCAACGAACUAUGUGUCUACAGUCGAAUUCCACCCCUCCAAUUGAGCAGGCACCGUCAGCCAGUCGUCCCCCAGGCUGGUAGCAGCCGGAUGUCCUACAGUCGGCUGCACCAAGAGACACCCACGAUCACUACGACGCAUUGAAUGCUGCCGUUACCCAACGUUGGUAUUACCUCGUCCAAUGAGGGCCCGAACCUGUAUAAACACUUGUGCGUACUCCCAUUUACACCUACAGUGGACAUGACGCCCCUACUAUCAUACCCCUACAGUAUUAUCUGAAAAAUAUCCACGACAGCUACGGCUCAGUUCUCUGUAUCCCGCCCAUAUCUCUAAUCUGCUGUGUGCUGUUUAUUACUGAAAUCUUAUUGAGUUGUGUCUGUUUUGUGUGGAGUCUUUUAUGAGAAUAUUUUAUGUGUUGCUAGUAACUGAACUGUGUAUGUUUUCUUUUUUAGUGCUAUUAUGUCAUCCAAAGUAACUUUGGUAAGAGAAUGGGCACUCCAAUUGUUGCUAGACAAGCUUAAAGUUAAAAUAGUUGGAAACAUUUUCUAUAUAUCCUCUUAUGUAGUGUUGAUACUAUUGCCACUUGUUAUC